GCGUACUGUCAUUUGCAUUGAAAAGUUGAAGACAAAGUUUGUGAUUCAAGUUAUUUAAAAUGAGCUCGGCAAAUCCAGAACCAGUGCCGACCGUUAGAACCAGCAGCCGGCGCUGCCUCAAAGCGGCCACUUCAAAGCAACCCAAGGAUGCGGACCCUGGUGCCGAAAUCCGCUGCCGGUUGUGCGGCGACCGGUGCCCGCCUAACAUGGCCCUUCGGGAGCGCGAACUCCGUGCCAAGGUCGAGGACAUUACGGGAGAGCCGAUUUCUGUUGAGGUCCGGAACGAAGCGACUGCUGGAUUGAACGUCUGCGAACCAUGCCAGGGCACGGUUGAUGAUUUUUACCGGUACAAGGAGCGAUGUCGGAGGAUUUUGGAUGGGCGAGCGGAGCAGGAAAGGGUUGAAGAGUUGCUGGAUAGCUGCGAAGUUGAGAUUGCGUUGUCACAGGAGACCCUCGAGGACAUUGGUGUUGAGGAGAGUGAGUCUGUGAGAAAGAAACGGCGAUAUCAAAGUCGGAAGACCGAUGAGACGAAAGCGAUGAGUCCAGCGGAUUAUAAAAGGCACUACCGGCAGUUGUACAAGGCGCAGAAUAAGGUCGAGUGCGAAGUGUGUCACCAGAAGGUGGACAAAAAAUAUCUGGACGGUCACAAAAAUCGGCACUACGGGCUGGAACCAUACGAAUGUGCUGAAUGUGGACUUCAAUUUCACUGCAAGCUAAACCUGGCUCGGCACGAAACACGCAAUCAUGCCCCGGAAGAGGAGGCAAUUCCUUGCGAAGUUUGUGGCAAAAUGAUGCGGAGUCGACAGGCCUUGAAGCAGCACAUGAAGAGCCACGAGGAAAAGAAGUUUGAGUGUCAACUGUGCGAUGUAAAGGCGCCAAAUCAGCACACCCUAAAACGCCACAUGGACAUCCACAACCAGGUGCGCGACUUCGUGUGUUCCCACUGCGGGAAGGCCUUCUACCGGCAGACCGUGCUGAACAUUCACCUUCGCACUCACAGCGGAGAAACGCCCUACGAGUGUCAUGUUUGCCUACGGGGCUUCGUCCACCGGAGGGUCUACGUUCAGCACAUGAAGAAGCAGCACCCGGCCGAGCCAAUAUUGCGGCUGGAGAUUGCCAAGGGGUGGAAAGAAGCGGCACGGAACUCAUCUCAAGUAAAAUAAAGGAUUUCUCUAUAAGCCAUAAUAGAACAACCCGAA